AUGUCUUUCGCAUUGUCAAUCAAACAUGCGCUAGAUGUGAGGCAUGCGCUGAGCAUCGUCGCUACUCUCGUUGGCCUCUUUUUCAUCUUUACAUCGUUUCUCAUCCACCAUGGGCGAAAGUCUCACGAAGAAUGGACUCUCCUUCGCAAGAAUGCGGCUCGCAAUACUCUCGCCAUGUUUGUUUCGUUAUUGUUUAUGGCUGAUGUGGCCUUGAUAUCGCUAGGUCGCUACAACUUCGGAGAUGUCCAAAAUCACAUUGUAGCAACGUCUUUCUUUUCUGGGGCUUGGGCUCUCAUGUCUGGGCGCAAAAGACUAAUUCUGACAGAAACCUCAGGUCUCUCGCUAAUUUCACUGAUUUAUUGUAUAGCACUUUUGUCUCUUGAUUUUACAACGUUUGCAUUCUUUGAUGGUCCUGCACUUUCGAUUCAAUCUACUAGAAUUCUAAGUCUUGUCGUGAUUCUCAUUGACUGUCUUCUCCGGCGCAUUGCAUCAAAGCGCCCUGUGAAAUUAGAAGAAGAAUCUGGGCCGCUGCUCCCAUACACCGAUGAUGAUACCUCAGUCGAGACCGCUACCAACAACGCAUCACCUGUCCAACCUGCAAAAAUUGGAGACAACUCUACGUCUGCUGAUAGCGCUACAGACUCUGACUCCGACUCCGAAUCAGACUCCGAUGAUGAGGAUAAAGGUGAUAGCAAUAAGAAAGAUCCGAAGAAGAAAAGUCUGCUCGCUAAAUGCGAGACGUGGAGGGAGUAUGUUGAUCAAUUUAAGCCUAUCUGGCCAUACCUCGUACCGAGAAACGAUCUCAAGACCCAGACGUGUUUGUCUGUUUGUAUACUGUGUAUGAUCGCGUGGCGCUUUACAACUGUCCUCGUUCCUCGUCAAAUGGGAAUCAUAUCCACCAAGAUCUUCGCUGGAGAAGCCCCGUAUACCGACCUUAUGAUUUAUUUCGCCAUACGGAUUAUCGAAGGACGCUCGGGCCUAGGCUUUAUUGACUCUCUGGCAAAAAUUCCAGUUCAGCAAUUUUCAUAUCGCCAGUUGACGAACGCAGCUUUCAAUCAUGUUAUGCUGCUCGACAUGAAGUUCCACUCCUCUCGAGACUCUGCAGAAGUGAUGAGAGCUAUUGGACAAGGAAAUGCGCUGGGCAGUCUUUUUGAGACAGCAGUUCUGGAAAUUGGUCCGACGGUGAUCGACGCACUUGUGGCAUUCGCUACUUUGUACUUGAAAUUUAACUCUUCGAUCGCACUUUGCAUGGUUAUUGCGUCGGUUACUUUUUUCGCUCUCCAUGUUUCCACCUCUGGCUGGAAUAUUGACAGUCGACGAAAGAUGGUCAAGUCUUCAAGACGGGAAGCCCGAAUCAUGCACCAGUCUGUGCAAGGAUGGCCUACUGUUUCAGCAUUUAACAUGUUCUCCUAUGAAAAGGACCACUUUGGGAGCGCUGUGGAUAAGGCUCUUGACCGGGAGAGGGAUUACGUGACACGUUCUUCUAUUCUUUCUGCAGCCACAUCAGCAUUUAUUCCUACCACAUUCACACUUCUCUGUGGCCUCAUUAUCCAUGAGGUUUAUGCAGGCCGUGCAUCCCCUGGAGACUUCAUUUUCUUUACCCAAUACUGGGGCUCCAUUAUUGGGCCUAUUCGAAAUCUCACCUAUCGAUAUCGGUGGUUGAUCCAAGAUUUAAUUGAUGCGGAACGAGUGCUCGAGUUACUCUCAAGGAAACCCGAUAUUGUAGACAAGGAGGGGGCCAUCCCUUUACCCUAUGCCGAGGGGAACGUCCAGUUCGAGAAUGUCAGCUUCUCCUACGAUGGCCAUCGCAUGGCAACGCGCGACGUUACCUUUACUGCCCCCGCAGGAGAGACAAUCGGUCUGGUGGGAACCACUGGAUCAGGCAAGUCAUCUCUCAUGAACCUUCUCAUGCGCCUGUACGAUGUCGGUUCUGGUAGCAUCAAGAUUGACGGACACGACAUCCGAGAUAUCACGCAAGGAUCUCUUAGGGACGCGGUCGGAAUAGUCCCCCAAGAACCGCUCUUUUUCAAUACCUCUAUCAUGAAGAAUCUGCGCUAUGCCAAGCCAUCGGCAUCUGACGAAGAAGUUUAUGAGGCCUGUAAGGCCGCAGCAAUUCAUGAUAAAAUUCUCACUUUCACCAAGGGAUAUAAAUCCCAAGUAGGAGAAAAUGGAAUCAAACUGUCUGGUGGUGAGGCGCAACGGCUCGCGAUUGCGAGAGUCUUUCUCAAAAACCCUCGAAUUCUCAUCCUCGAUGAGGCUACAAGCAAAAUUGAUACUGAGACAGAAUUGGAAGUCCAGGUUGCCUUGGAAAGAAUCAGCCAAAAACGCACUACUCUUGUGAUCGCACACCGACUCUCCACUGUUGUGCGAGCGAACAAAAUUCUAGUACUAGAGGAGGGAGAAAUUAUUGAACAAGGGACACAUAGCGAACUCUUGAAACAGGGUGGAAAAUACUCGAAAUUGUGGAAAGCACAGACGGACUCGUUGGAUGAGAAAUUGACCUAA